CACAACAUUUUCAAAAAAAAAGAAAAGAAGCAAUGAGGUUCUACCUACUCAUACUUUUCGUUUUUCUCUCCACAGUUGCAGUUGGGGUCCUAGCACAGACUCCUGUAUGUGGACGAGAGGCUGACGGAGCUGUAUGUCCCAACGAUGAAUGUUGUGGCGCACUUGGGCUUUGCGGAAGCACUGAGGACUUUUGCAGCACUCAAAAAGACUGCCAGAGCAAUUGCCACCUACGAAGUAAUAUAAGCGAUCUCCUUAACCGGACCACGUUUGACAAAAUGUUUAUUCACCGCAACGAUUCUUCGUGUGAGGGGUCCUUCUACACCUAUGAUGCAUUUAUGGCGGCUACCUCUGUAUUUGAAGGAUUUGGAAGAACUGGCAGCUCCACCACCCAGAAGAGAGAAAUUGCAGCCUUUUUGGCUCAAACUGCAUAUGCAACUAGAGGAAGUCAGGGAACGGAUCUCUAUUACAGGGGUUAUUGUCACGUUGUAGAGCAAAACACUACCAAGGAAGAUUAUUGUAUUGAAGGAAGUAUAAAUUGGCCAUGUGCAGAGGGUAAACAGUAUUACGGCCGUGGUCCCAUUCAACUCCGAUACAACACCUACUAUGGUCCGGCCGGAGUAGACUUGGGUUAUCCACUUCUAUCCGACCCAGAUCUGCUUGAAAAUGACCCAGUCAUGUCUUUCAAGUCCGCAUUGCACUAUUGGAUGAAUUACCAUUUACAAAAACCCUCAUGCCAUGCUGUCAUGACCAACCAAUGGGUGGCAAACUCAGACGACGUGGAAGCGAAUCGAGUGGCAGGCUUUGGUCUCACUACCAAUAUCAUCAAUGGAGAAAUUGAAUGUGGGCAUGCCGAUCGACGUGCCCUGAUCCGGACUCGCUUCUACUCGACCUUCUGCGACCUAUUGGGCGUGCCUAUUGAUGAUCCAGAGGCAAGCGAACUUAGCUGCUCCAACCAGCAACCUUAUGGACCUGCUCCUGUCACGAAGAUCUUCAUGGAAUAGAUCGAUCCGUACGUGCGUGGUCAUAUAUAUAGAACUAUGGCCCAAGAAAAAUCAAUGAUUAUUAUUUAUAUAUAGUAGUAAUCAUUGACUUAUCUGUCUACUUAAAUAAAUGAACCUAGGUACGAGGUUCUGCAUGCGUGGUUCAGUGUUUUAAAAUGUAGUGGAUGAACUACGUGCUCUUCUGCAUGUUUAAUGUAA